UGUGUAUGUGUGUGAGGGAGAGAGAGAGACAGAGCGAGAGAGAGAGCGAGAGAAAGAGAAGUCUUGGAGUGGAAGUGUAGGUGGAACCAGAUUACCUUACAGUUUUUCCCCUCGAAAUCAACGGAAAUCAACGGAGUACUCUAUUUAAAAAGGUCACCAUCUUCUACUAGCACCUUUGUGAGCAACAAUACCGAGAGCUUCCAAAGGCAGGUCAACAGAAACUGAGGCAUAAGCCAUCGGAGCAACUAGAGAUAAAAUAUUUUUAUCCACAGCAAGAGAACAGAGAAUUGACAAGAGCAGCAGUUCCCUUCCACAACCAGCAGAGAUCAGCAAUGCUGCACUUAAAUGGCACAGAGCUGCAGACUCUCCUGCUAUCCUUCCUACAGCAAUGUCUGAACGGCACAGGUUUACUGGUCCCAGUACUCUCUCAGAACUACACUACCCAGCAGGCCGUUCUCCCAGUGGGCGGGGCUAUACCUAAGGCUCAAGCUCAGGGAUUUGUGUACAUUCUACUGAUGGUAGGUAUGUUUAGUUUCUUCACGUUUGGUAUCAUGCUGAGCUACAUCCGCUCCAAGAAGCUAGAGAGCUCCCACGAUCCGUAUCACCAGUACAUUGCCCACGACUGGACCAAAGGACUCACCCUCCCACGGGCCGUCACACAGGCACUGCAUGAGGCAGACACACGUAUUGGAGACAACGGGAAGAACCCCAUGGUCAUCUGCAACCCUGCUGCAUUGGAGCAGCUCCCAGGAUAGAUUGGGAUGGAUAGUGAGGAGUUAAUAGUGUUGAUGUUCUCAAUCCUAAUAUAACAUAUUAUAGUCACAAUGACAAGUGAGAGAGAGAUUGAGUUACAGUACCUCUUUUAUUGUAAUGCAAUCAUAGGCAGAAUCUACCGCACACCCAUUAUCGAUUAGUGAAGUUGCGGGAGGCAAAAUGCAAAACUGGAAAAAGUCACCACACACUUCCACUCAUAGUAGCUUAGCAUUCGGUCAGUCGACUGACCGAAAGCUUACCUCCUAUUUAAAGAGAUUUUCAUCUGACUGGAAGUCAGUCAACUGCUCAUUCAUAACGAACAUUGAGUAUUCUAUACUUUCAUUCCUUCAUUCAGCAAAGAAACAAAUCAAUGUAAUAAGAAUUGCUUUGCUUAUAAACGUAGAUUAAAAGUAUUUAAUUAAAUGGAUUAUUGUAGUCCGAUACCAUUAACAUUGUGUCCUGAGGUCCAGACACUGACACUGUGUAGCAUUAUUGUAAAGCACAGUUGAGUUACAGUAAGGUCAAGUAACCGUGUUGUAGUAGCAGCUUGUUGUAUUAUUCUGUGUGUUAUAACAUGCUACUGUAAUCAACCCAAUGUAGCAAAAACACUGAAAAUGACAUAAAAGACAAAUGAUUCAACACCUCUGUCUUAUCCUCUCGAAGUGUGUUGACGCCUGUGUAAAUGGAUUAUAAAUAAAAGUUUGAUUUGAAAUAUC